UUCCGUUCUGUUCUUCACCCAAGUCAGUUGUUCGGUUCUCGGCAUUUUCUUUGCGGUUCUUCACACGAGUCUGUUGCGACUUGCAGUGCAGUGCAGCUGGGAUCUCGCCGCACCACUCGGCGAAUCUGAAGAAGACAAAAGCUAUUACGGGUGUAUGUUUCCACGGUCUAGCGGAAGGUACAUUCUCCAUAUCAGCUCAGUAGCGCGGCGAGGCCCGCCAGUCCACUAUCGGGGUGAAUCGACAGACGCGCAGGCAGUUCAAUCAAUCUUGGCCGUUGCUUUCUCCUACUUCUCACGGGUCAAGCUGUCUGGAGCUGCUCUCCGAUGUGAAUGGGAGCAGUGGUGUGCUUUGGUGCCAACUCUUUGUGGAAUGGGUGUCUUUGUUUGGUGAUUAUUGCGUAAGGAGAAUUGGGUGUGGCUAACUUGUGGUACAAGAACUYGGAGUGSAGCCUUUAUUGGAGCUAAGCUGGAGCUAAGCUGCAGUUCUCCAUAGGAGCUGGCUGUGGCAGCUGAGCCAUYCCUAUCGCGUCUGGUAGSUKUUGUAACAUUUGUGUGAGAGARUAUUCAUCUCUGGUGUGCCUGGUGGAGGGGAGGUCACUUGCAGUGAGAGGGUUUUGUCUGUUUGCCAGGGAAGUUUGAGGCAAUGAUGCAUGGCAGACCGGGACCUGCUGGGCCAUUUUCUGGGCCGAUGGGUGGAGGUCCUGGGGKAUUCAAUGGGAUGCGUGCCAAGGCACUGCCUGGUCCUGCUCCGCCUAUGUUUGGUGGCGGUAAUCCUCACCAAGGUCUUGCUCCUCCAAUGACAGUCAUGGAACACAAGCUUGCCACUGCACAGACAGAGAUGCAGAGGCUGUUGACUGAAAACCAGAGGUUUGCAGCGACACUCAUGGCUCUGCGGCAGGAGCACUCAGUAGCUCAAGGAGAAGUGCAGCGCUUGCAACAGGCAUUGGCAGCCCAUCAGGCUGAGAGAGAGGCAAGCGUCCGGAAUCUCAUGGAACGGAAUGCUGCGAUGACGGAAGACCUGCGUGUAAUAGAGCCGUUGAAGAAAGAGGUUCAUGCUGCAAGAGUGGAGCUGCAAGGUCUUCGAGUGAGAUGUCAGGAGGCUGAACAGGCGAGGGUCACUGCUCACCAGCAAGUGCAGGGCAUGACAACUGAGUUCAGUCGGGCCCGUCAAGAGCUUAGUCAGCUUGCCACUUUGAGGCAAGAGGCGCAGCAAAUUCCAACGCUGCGGCAGCAAAUUCAAGGGCUGCGGCAGGAACUGCAGCAAGCUCGCACCCAGCUUGAACAGGAGAAGAAGUUCAACUCCGAACAAAUUGACAACACUCAACGGUUGGAAAGCAACCUUGUCUCAAUGGCAAGGGAGAAUGAAAAACUCCGCGCACAACUCACGAUUGCUGGCAGGACGGCUGGUGGUGGUGGCAGUGGAGCCCUGGGAUGGAGCUCUGGUGCAACCACUAGGGACUACACUAGCGGCGUAUGGUAACCUGAGCAGUUUUGGCCCCCUCCGUGAUGCCUCCUCUCCCUGUUCUCCUUCCCGUUUACCCUUGGUGGUCCAAUGUCAGGCUGUGCUGCAGUAUGCAGUUCCACACUGACUCGUUUGUUGACUGGUAGCCCUAGACCAUAGGACAAUUUGUGCGCAUGCCCGGGAGUUGCAUAGUCAUCCAUGAAUGGAUGCGAGAUCACUUUGAGCGGGCAAGAGGACACACCGUUCUUCUUCAUUGAGUAUGCCAAACAGUAGUACGGUCUGGAGCAGUGGCAGUAGAUCCCUUGUUAUGCGGUUUUCAAACCAAGUGUAUUCAGAUUGGCAUUGCAGAUGCUCUCCUCCUUUGAGAGAGCCCCUUUCUGUCUCGGUGGGUGGCCUGGGUAUGACCUUUACCCUUUUCGACAGGCCGCGGUGAAGAUCAGGAAAGGUUGACUUGCUCAGGAGAUGCAGCCAUCAUGAAAGGCAUGCUGUCUCUAGGCAAAGAUUUCUUCCCUCUGGGUAAGCUUUCUUUCUGUCGAUGAGCGGCGGGCCUGAGCCCACCUGUAGGUCAGCUGCUGCCAGCCUGUUCUGUAGGCGGACUGCUUCUAGGUUUUCUUUGGGGAAGCCUUCUUUCAGUCGCUACUUCGCUUCCGGUUGUUGAUUCUYGUUAAUGUYGGAAAUGGAGCCCUUCUUUGCAGAACAGGGUGCCCUGAUACGUCCUAUAAGCCGAUUUCUGCUUGGUAUAUGAGUGUAUACACCAGCUGUUCUCUAAGUAUUACGAGGGUAUUUGCCUGCCGUGAUGUUUUCAAAGUGCYGGAAGSAAUGAAAAGAGAUCUCAGUUAGAUUUAUUUGCCUAUUUGCCCUUCCUGGAAUGAACCUAGUGCUCUUGAUCAAGGCCUGAAAGAAUGAAUCCAAGUUCCUAUGGCAGGUCUCUCCGUCCUCCUCCGUUGAUGRAAAUUAUUGUUUUGUGUCCAAGUGGCAGACCUUGCAGUACAGUGCUGGCGUGCUCCCUCUGUACCAUUACCUAUCAAGUAGACUUGUUUUUUGUGUUUAGCGAAAGAGGCUAGUAGCGGAGGUGGGUGGCCUUGAGACCUUUGAUUCAGCGGCCUGGCCCGCAACAAUCAGCAAGAUCAGUGUCUCGUCGAGCAGGUUGAAGUUCACCCCUGCUGGUUAUGACCUUGCUGAGUUUGCUGUUUCAGGGGUCGGCUGAGUUUCCUGCUAAGUAAGCAAGGACAGUGCUGGGUCAAGCGGAGUAAUUUCACUUAUGUGGGCUAGUUAGUGGCUGAUUGUUCGCUUAGCUUGUGGUUAACCCACUCUUGGCUCCGAGCGUGGUUAACUCAAGUGCCCACAUGCCCAGGUCUAUUAAUUGACUGAGCAGAGUGUGUGUGCACUUAGAUUGCCCAACAUCCGUUCACCUGAUGGGCUAGCUCUUGCAACGGGCCGCCAUCCAUUUACCACAUGGGCUUGACAACUGGCGAGAGAUAAGUGGUUGGCCCACAUGCAAGCUGCCAAGGCAAUUGAUUGAUUCCGGACUCGCACAGUGAUGGGCUGGCUGUGUGGGAAUAUCAGUUUGAGAAUAAACAAAUGUUGGUUGUUUCACAUGCGUUUUUAAAAUAAUGCGGAAGUGAGCAAUCUACCAUUCAAUCUCCUCACCUGAUACCCCCUGCCCCCCUCGCUUUCGUGCACCUCCGUGCCUUUUUCAGUUUGAUCUCUUUGGAAGUUAAAGAAAUCGACAGUGUGGCCAAUCACCCACCUGCCUCCUGGUGUUUAGGUGGCCUACUUAGAAUCAAGAAUAGACGAGCAGCUGUAGUGACCCACCGAUUUCGUGCUUUGAGAAAGCGUUAGUUCCAUGUCAAGUCUAAAUGCCUUCGCACUCGAGCAGGAUGAGAGGGGGAUAUGUGCCACCACGGAAGAUAUAAAAUGGUUGUAAGACAUACACGAACACGUGAACGAGUUAUAUGAGGGGAUUGGAAUUCAACUGAUGUGGAGGUGUACUUGUGGUGAUCACAUAGGUACACGAUGUGCCUGUCAGACUGAUCAGCAAAGUCAGCGAUCUAUUGGUUGAUACAAGAGGGGCUCGACUGUGUUGAUAUCUGAUUGAUAAAUUUACAUGUGAUGUAGCAUGGUAUUCCUGGUUGGUGGGUACUUGCUUAGCCCGUGAGAAAUAGGUGACGGACAUGAGAGAGGGAGGGGGCGCAUGACAAGUGGGCGAGGGAGGGGGGACUUGACUAGUGGGAGACAAUAAAGUUGGGUCAGGUGAUGGGCACUGAAAGUAAAAGCUGCAGGAUUUU